AUGUCCAGUGCAGCUCAAAAGAUUUUGGUGAUUCAAGAUGCAUCAGUGGAGCCUUGUGGUAUUGAAACUGUCACAUUUGCUCUCAGAAAUUUUCCACUGAAAAUUGGUGACAAGAUCAGGCUUCUUCGAAUUAUUCAGCCAUUCAGAACUGAAGCUACAUGCUCUAGUACUGGAUGCAUGUUAUUAGCAAGGAACAAAAGCAAACUGCACUCAAGUGCCACACAUAGGAAGAAACAGAAUGACAUGAUGAAAGAAAUUCAAUUGCAGAAAGAAUCUUUAAACAGUGCAAAAAUUACAGAAGUACGUAUGCUGGCUGAACAGAAACAGGUAGAACUUGAACUAGCGGUGGAUGCAGGCUCACUGAAGGAGAUAGUAGUGGAUACAGCCAAGAAAUUUGAGGCCACCAUGGUGAUACUUGACAGGCACCUCAAAAAGUUUCAAAAGUACUUUCUGGACAAUUUGUCUUGUGGAAUAUUGAGAAUCAAACGUGAUAACAGCAUUAAGUAUAUGAGAGAACCCAAGGCAACUGAAGUUGGGCAAAGCAAUAGGAACCAGAAAGCUUGUACAAUUUCAGUACAACUAAUCAAGAUAGAUGUUCCUGCAGACAAAAGCUGUGAAUUGACAUGGGAAAGAAGAGUAAAGAUAGCACUUGGAGCUGCAAAAGCAUUAGAAUAUUUGCAUAGUCUAAAGAUUUAUGGAAUCAUGAGGCCAAGCAACAUCCUCUUAACCCAUGACCACCAGCCCUUGCUGGUUAACUUUGGACUCGCAAAAAAUCAGUACGAGUCCUCAAACCAAUCAUAUGAAGCUAGGGUACUGAAGACUUUCGAAUACAUGGCACCAGAAUGUGAAGAAAGUGGAAUUUGCAAAAGUAAAGCAGAUGUUUAUUCCUUGGGAGUGGUUCUUCUAGAGUUGGUCACAGGUCGAAAGAGCAUAGAUGAAACUAAUGGUCAGAGCUUCUUGAGAUGGGCAAGACCACUAUUGAGAGAAAAAAGGUUUCAUGAGUUAAUAGACCCUGCAUUGCAAGAUUCUCAUGACCUUCACCAGCUCUAUUGGAUGGUCUCAAGCAGAAUUUUGUAUUUUGAGAAGUGCAAGGAGGCAUGGAAGAAUUCAAAUAAUCAAGUAGUUGUGGCUUUGACAUGCAUAAUUCAGGGAUGUAUAAUGGAAGACUUGUCCCCCACUGAAUCUGAGUUAGUGGAACAGAUCCGGAGUGAAACACGAGCUGCUCUUUACACAUAG